CAAUUUUUCAUAGAAUAUACGAACCGAAACACUAUUCAAAUUUUUGACUAUCAAUAUUCACUUGAAUGUUGGUGUGUGGUGAUUUGCGUUGACGUUGAAGGUAUUCGUGUUAGGACAACUUGCCCAUUACUCGAUAAAAAGGACGACCAAGAUGCUUCUAACGUCGUCAUGGAUAACGGAUACUACAAUAUUAAUUGCCUUGAUAGGUUUGUUGAUUUACAAGUAUCUCACAAGACAUUUUGAUUAUUGGGAAAAAAGAAAUGUUCCGUAUCUAAAACCUACACUCCUAUUUGGCAACUUCAAAGAUGUGUUCACUUGUAAAUUAACUAUUCAGGAGCACUUGAAAAAUCUUUAUGAUAAAAUAGAUGCGCCAUAUUUUGGAGUCUUUCUUAUGGAUGAACCUUUGUUAAUUUUAAAAGAUCCCAAGCUUUUUAAAGAUGUUCUAAUAAAAGAUGCUGAUGUAUUCGCCAACAGAAGACCUCCUACACCUACACAUCGUCUUAUGGAAAAUUCAGUAAUUUUCAUGAAAUAUCCACAUUGGAAAAGUGUAAGAACCAGACUAACUCCAGUUUUUACUCCUGUGAUGUUAAAAAACAUGCAUGUCGAAAUAUCUGAAAUAACUAAAUCAAUGGUACAAUAUUUGUUCAAAAAUAAGAAAACAAUAGAUGGCAGAGGACUUGGAAAACUUUUUUCAGAUGAGUUGAUAUUUAAGUGCUUCUUUGGAGUUAAUCUUGAUAGCUUUAAUGAAAAACCAACUCCAAUAGGAUCGCUGGUGAAAAAAAUGAAUGAAUUUAGUCUCAGAAAUGCACUUGUUCAAAACCUCUCCUUUAUCAAACCAUCAUGGGCAACUCUGUUAAAGCUAGAUUUCUUUAGUGAUAGUUCAUUGAGGUUUUUCGAAGAUAUUUUCAAAAAAGGAAUGGAAGCUAGAAAUCACUAUGAUGGAAAACCACUGAAUUAUGUUGAUUUUGCAAAUAAAGGUGUCAGAGAAUUAGGAGAAGGAAUGAAUGCGAGUAAAGAGAUGGACAUGUCAGUAGCUGGUGCAAUAUUAUUUCUAAUAGCUGGUAGAGAUACGCUAAAUACAUUACUUUCUUUUACUCUAUAUGAACUAGCUUUGCACGAAUCUGUACAGACUAGAUUAAGGCAGGAAAUUCAAGAGAAUAUAAAAAAAUACGGUGGCAUCACAUACGAAGGAAUGCAAGACAAUAAAUAUCUAGAUAUGUGUAUUAAAGAAUCAAUGAGAAAGUACCCUCCUAUACCUUUCGUGGACCGAGUACCUAUAUCUGAUUAUCAAUUUGAAGGUAGCGGUUUAAAAUUAGAAAGUGACAAAAUGACAGUAGUAAUACCGUUUCUUGCGAUCCACAGAGAUGAGAAAUAUUUUCCUAAUCCUGAGUCAUAUGAUCCAGAAAGGUUCGCAGAAGAGACAGUAUCUGAAGGCUUAAUUUAUUUUCCUUUUGGGGAAGGACCCAGAGCUUGUAUAGGUAGACGUCUUGCAAUGCUAAGUUUGUCAAUAGGACUUUCGUAUGUGCUAAUGAACUUCGAAAUAGAAAGAAGUCCUGAAACUCCAACCAAGAUAGAGUUUGAACCUAAAAGUUUUCCGUUAAUAUCUAAAGUGGGACUUCCUAUUAAAAUUACUCCCUUAUGAGAUGAAAAAUAUUUAUAAAAUAUUGGAUUAACACUAUUCUAUUUGUUAUGUUGUAUAUUUGUCAAUAAAAAUAGAUUUAGUUAACCAGAUUCUAUAAUAUUAAGAUAAAUAAAAUAGGUAAAAGAAAA